AUAUUAUCUCCUUUUCUUGGAUAAAAAAAAAGAAUACAUUUGUGACUAUUCGAACUUAUGUUUAUAUAUACAAUUAGUUGUGUGUGUGCUGUCGUAAGAGAUCAUUAUGGGAUCAAUGGCUCAGAAGUCGGUUUUGAUGUUAUGCGGAGAGUUCAUGGAAGCAUACGAGACCGUAGUACCUCUCUACUUCCUCCAAGCGUUUAGCGUUAGCGUCCACUGCGUUUUUCCUGGUCGCAAAACUGGCGACAAGUGCGUCAUGGCGGCUCACGAUCUCCUCGGCCUCGAGAUAUACUCCGAGUUGGUGGUCGAUCAUCUAACACUAAACGCAAACUUCGAUGAAGUUAUCCCCGAGCAAUACGACGCCAUAAUCAUUCCCGGUGGACGUUUCACGGAACUUUUGAGCACUGAUGAGAAAUGCGUCAGCAUGGUGGCUCGAUUCGCUGAGCUUGAUAAGAUUAUUCUCACGAGCUGCCAUAGUCAGCUGCUGUUGGCGGCAGCUGGUCUACUCGCCCGUGGAAUGAAGUGCACGGCGUUCGAAAGCAUGAAGCCUUUAAUCGAGCUCUCGGGCGGCGCGUGGUGGCAACAGCCCGGUGUCCAAACCGUUUUCGACAUUACCGAUUGUGUCAUGGACGGAAAAUUUAUUUCCACUUUGGGUUGGCCAACGCUUGGAAAUACUCUCACGGUUUUGUUAGAAUCACUUGGCUCCAAGAUUACUUGUUCCAAAGAGACUCGGCCUUCUUUGCUUUUCUUGAUUGGGGAUUGUGUUGAAGAUUACAGUAACAACGUACCAUUUAAAGCGUUUCAAGCUCUGGGAUGCAAAGUGGACGCAGUGUCACCAAACAAGAAGAAGGGUGAAAAAUGUGCUACCAUCGUUCACGACCUGGAGGAGGGAAGGCAACUUCCUACCGAGAAGUCCAGCCACAACUCCUAUGUGACUGUCGCCUGGGAAGAUGUCUCUGUGGAUGAUUAUGACUGCAUUGUGGUUCCCGGAGGAAGGUCGCCGGAGCUCUUGGUGAUGAAUGACAAAGCCGUUGGAUUAGUCAAGAAGUUUGUUGAGAAAGGCAAGAUUGUUGCUGCCAUUGGAAUGGGCAACUGGCUACUUGCAGCUACCGGCGCUCUUAAGAAGAAGAGAUGUGCAAGUGAUUACGGGACAAAGGUGGCUGUGAAGGUUGCUGGUGGUCAGAUCUUGGAAUCAGAACGAUGUGUGACGGACGACAAGCUGGUCACAGCGGCAACAACUUCUGAUCUGCCUGCAUUUGUGUAUGCAUUGUCGACUGCACUUGGUCUCUCUGUUGUAUUCUAAUGUCAUUGUCUGCACUGAACCAAACCAAUAAAGAUCCAAACCGAACUGGAUAUCUUAUAUAUAAAUAUUAAAUACCAUAGGUCUUCAACUUAUGUCUCCAAAAACAUAAAAACCCUUAAUAAAUCCAAAUUAAACCCGAACUGAACACCCAUGCCUAAAAAUUGCCAUUGCUACUACCACUAUUUAAAAGUUAAAACACAAGCAACAACGUUUCUCACCAUAAAAAUAAAAUAUGCAAACUACUUAACAGUCUCUCUUGUCUCAUCUAAACUCUAGCUACACACCAAGUUGCUUCUUGAGACUCGCCUUAUAUAUCUCCGAAACAGCACUAGCAGUAUCAGCAACACGAGUUUUCACCUCCAAGAUCUUCGAAUCCAUAUACUCCUUAUGUUUCGAUAUCGAAUCAAUAAGCGCAAAUAGCUUUGCAGCAGUAGCUUGAACCUCCGCUUCACUCUGCUUCGCCUCUUCUUCCAAUCUAACCUCCGAAGCUUUCAACAUCUCCGCAGCUUCUUUCUCCACAUCCUCAAGAUUCCUCUCCUCAGUUUUCAAACCCUCCGCCAUUGUUUUAACCUCCAAGUCGCAUUUUGCAGCAAACUCCUGAGCUUCCUUCUUCACUAUCCUCAUCUUCUCCUCCGCUUCAUUGAUCUGCAACUGAAUCGACCCGAGAAGACGCUUUCUUGACUCCAUCUUGGACGCCAACUCAGAAGCCUGUUCUUGUAACGUAACAAGCUCCUCCACCUUCUUCAUCGACCCUUCUUUGACCCCAUCGUACAACGAACACAGAGCUGGCUUCACCACACCUUUAUAGUCCACACCCAUCACCUCACCAGGCUCAACCCCUCUCUCAUUCACAGCAAACUGAACAUCCACCUUCAGUCUCCUCAUAGCUUGGUUACAAUCAAUAGCAAGCCUCUGAAUCUGAUGAAACUGAUUACUAAUCUUCGAGUUAAGCUCCCAAGCUUUCUGCUCCCAACCAUCUCUAGCAACCUCAGCUUCCUCAACACCUCUCUCCACAGCCACCAACUCUCUCUUCAUCCUCUCCACAUCUCUCACAUUAAAACUCUGCUCCUCCACACUCUUCUUCAACUCCUUAUUCUCUUCACAGAUCCUCUCCUUCUCUUCCUCCUUAGCAGCCAACUCCUUCUCUUUCUCCUCCACAACCUUCUCCAUCCCACGUGUCCUCUCACUACGCUCCGUAACCAUCGUAUAAAACUUGUUCACAUCUUUCUCCAAUUCAGCUUUAACUCUCUCAAGAGCCUCUUUCCUCGAGGGACCUUUCCUCAGAGCAUCGAGUUUCGCAUCUAACUCUCCAGAAACCUUCUCACAGUUAGAGAUAGUCUCAGCAAUACUAGCCUUCUCAGCUUCUAACUUCCCCAAGAAAUCCGAAUCAAGAUCGUUAACCAAAUCAUCCUCAUUGCGAAUAAAAUGACGGAAGCUUUGAAACCCGAACAAUCGCAUCGAGUUAUCAUCCGGCGCCACGGAGGGGUUAGACGCUAGAUAUUGACGGAAACGAGCGUACUGAACCAACCAGUUCGCCACGGCGAGGACGUUAGGCCAAUUGUGAGGCGAGUUGGGAGCGCGGAGAGUGGAUUUAGUGAGCUUGAAAGGACAGUUAACCGAUUUGAGGAAGAAGACGACGUCCUCGUCCCAUUUGAGAGUGUCGCAGGGGCAAUCGACGGUUGAGAGGAGGAAUUUUAGGGUUUCGGAGAUGUCUUUGACGGGAGGGACGGGGUUGGCGCGGAGAGAGAUGGGGAAGUUGUGUGAAGCGAGGAAAGUGUUGAUUGAUCGGAUUGUUGAGGAUUGGUGAGAUCUGUCGGUGUGUAGAUCUCGGGUUAGGCCGAUUGAGGAGGGGCGGCUGCUUGCGAAGCUUGCGUCGGAGUCUCUUGAGUUUGGGAUGUGACGGUGGUGUUCUACUGAUGGUGGUGGUGGCGGUAGGGCUCCGCCGAAGAUAUCGGUUGCUUUUCUUUUGCCGGUGACUUUGCUUCCUCUCAUCUUUUUGAUUUUUUGGAUAAGGAAACGCCGAGAAUGGGGAAUUAUUGCGGAGUGGAGUAGGUUUUGUGAUUUUGUUUUGUAGUUUGAAAUUUGAAUUUAGGGAAAGUGUAACCUAAAUUUUUUUUUUGUUCUCAACCCUUAUUUUUCC